AUGAGAGCCGCAUCAAACCACCAAGAACCAUGGGGCCUUCGAUGGCGAUCAUCCACUUAUUUCAUUGUCGCGACAAUGGCAGUGGCCAUGCUCACGGACAUGUAUCUGUAUGGAUUUCUCGUUCCAAUUCUUCCGUUCGUGCUCGAGCAUCGAUUGGGACUCGAUGACUCGCUCACACAGCGCAUAAGCACCGCGCUGCUAUCUCAGAGCGCGCUCGUCAUGGUCGUGGCAAGUCCCCUGAUCGGGUCUCAUGCUGAUCGCUCGGGCGCAAAGCGUGGCUGGCUACUCUUCGGACUUGCCGGCGCAUUGUUGGGCUCUUUGAUAAUCGCCCUGGCGACUUCAUUGUUCACUCUCUUUGCCGGGCGCCUUAUACAGUCCGUUGCAAGCACUGGUCUCUGGGUGGUCGGAUUUGCUACCCUGGCGGACAACGUUCCUGCCGACCAGCUGGGCAGAAUGUAUGGAUUCGUGACUGUUGCGAUUGGUGUAGGAACGUCGGGCGGACCACUCGUGGCGGGUGUUCUGUUCGAUCUCGGCGGGUAUUGGGUAGCUUGGUCGAGUGUUCUUUUCAUUAUUGUAUUUGAUGUGAUACUGCGAUGCCUGAUGCUAGAGCGACCACGUGGGACCGAAACUAUUCGAUCGCAAUCAACCGAGCCGGGACAAGAUCCCGAGAGGGAGGUACUUCUGCCACCAUCGCAUGAUGCCGAACAGGUAAGCAAUCAGGCCGUAUCGGAGAAAACAGGCAUCCACUUCUAUAUAUGCAUGUGUAAGAACGGUCGCUUCGUUGGUGGGGUGGUUAGUUAUUUUUGCUACGCCGUUCUGACCGCCAGCUUUGACACGACUCUUCCUCUCCAUGUGCGUGAUACUUUUCACUGGGGAAGUCUCCCCGCGGGUUUGUUAUUUGCAGCUUUCCAGGGUCCCGCAGUGUUCUUUAGUGUUCCUGUCGGCUGGCUGAAGGAUCGGGUGGGGACGCGAUACCCGACCACGAUAGGCUUUGCUCUUUUGGUACCUUUAAUGUGGCUUAUCGGUGUUCCUGGGGACGAACGGUUCCCCUGGGCAUGCCAAGAGAAUGUUGGUUCGAUUAUAUACAGCGCUGCUGUAACUGGGGUUGGGAUUGUGGUAUGUCUGCUCAACGGGGUGGGCAUGAUGGAAGCGACUCAAGCUGUUGAUGAAAUCCAAGCAGAGACGCCUGGAAUCUUUGGUCCAAAUGGUGGGUAUUCUAGGGCAAUAUCAGUCUCGAGUAUCAGUUGGACACUGGGAAUGUUUGUUGGGCCAAUUCUCUCGGGAUACGGGACGGAAAAAAUCGGAUACUAUGGAAUGAAUUGUGUAUUGGUGGCCAGCGGGGAUAUGCGGACUUUGUUCUUUCACCGCCUUCUGGAAUUUAAAAUCAUCCGUGCCCCAGCGGGCAAGUUAGAUGAAUCGAAAAGGAAGAUAUCUGGUGGAGAUUAG